AUGGCACCGAACGGUUACAGGAAGAUCUCCUCCACUGGUGAAUCUGCCGAGAAAGUUGGUUUUGUCUCUUUCCUUUGUUUGCAAUGGAUGAACGAUGUCAUGAAGACAGGCAGUAAACGAACCUUAGAGGAAGAAGACUUUGUACCACUCUCAAACGACAACACCUCACAGUCAGCCACAGAACUUCUUGACAAAAAAUGGAAAGAGGAAAUAGCUAAUUCCAUUAGGAAGAAGAAAAGACCGAAGUUGUGGAAAAGUGUUUUGAAGAUGAUUUCCCUCAGGGAAGCUGUUUUUGUUGUUUGCUGUGAUGUCUUGUACGCAAUCGGCUCCCUCCUUUCACCAUUGCUCAUUGGAUAUCUGAUUUUUAUGUUAAUGUCAACUGAAACACAUCAGAACAACAUCCUUCAUGGUUGCGUGUUAGCAACUGCCAUGACUGUAACCACUUUGGUCGGGACCCUCGGCGUGCAACAUAACUCUUACGCGGGUGAAUUAAUGGGCAUCAGACUGAGUAACGCAGUGAAAGGUCUCGUUUACAGAAAGGUGAGCACAAGAAGGGUAACUGACUCGUCCCCAGCGUUCCCCAUAAUCUGCGCGCCGUUUACUUUUUCCCAUCCCGCUGCACUUGCCCCUGUAAGUUACCGACACUGUCGCUUUGAAGAAUAUUGGAAACGAGUCAGGGUAGGGUUGGGUUAGGUAUGGGGAAUGGGCGCAAUCUUCGUUAAUUCUCUCGACACUUUUUCCUUCGCUUUUCGAUACACUUUUGUUAUUAACCCUAAAUUAUGGAGUAGUCAGAGAACGUUUUUAAUGAAGUGUCUAAGUAGGUAAUCUAGGAGUGCAUUCCGUCUUUUCUCGGCAACACUGUGUAUUUGCAGCCUGGUAUUACAUAUUAACCAGCAUCUGAAAUGAUUAUGCCCAAGCUGAAGCUUCUAUGAAUUCAUAUACUUUCGCAAACCUGAACAACAAGAUUUGUCUUGGCAGCUUAAGACUCCUCUAGUUACGCCUCUGUCUUGGGAACGUGAGAGGUAGUUCAAUCUGAGACUUGAAUCCUCGAUCUCGCGGGUGGCAGCCGGCGUUCUAGCAAUUUGGCCAGACCCAGUUGGCGGUCCCCAUUGGCUCCUUAAUGUAUGUGAUGAAAAAAAAAUGAUUUAGAAUUGAACUUUGGAAGUGCGUUUUUUCCUUGGAGAUGAGUAGAACUUGGUAAUCACUUCCGAACUAACCAAUCAGCGCACUCGAAUUACACUAUCCACCUGAGUGGUAUACACUAAUCAUCUUUAAUAUAUACUAAAACAGUGUAUAGCGUUAAAGGCGUGCGCUGAUUGGCUUUUUCGCCCGAAAAUAAUGUAAUCGUUGCGAGAAAAAAUGAGUUGAAAUCAUCUUUUUGUGUCUUUUUCUCUGAAUGUUUUAGUACAUCCUAAAGCACUUACUCGGUGGUCAUCGGUGGGUAUUCACCUCGCCACUUUGCAGCUGGGUAAAUACCCACCACUAGCCACCUUUACUUUGGCAAAUAAUAGUUAAUGAUUCUGGUUACUUUUCUGCACUAAACAUGGGUUUUCCUUUUCAAGAAGUCAAUUCUAGUAUUGAUAUUGUUUCAUUCUCAGAUCUUACUGCUUAGCAAGAGCUCAUUGUCAAAGUUUUCAUCAGGGCCUGUGAUCGACUUGCUAUCAAAUGAUGUUCAGCGGAUGGAGACAGCACCUAAAUGUAUUCUAACAAUGAACUCAGCCAUACUCCAAAUCGUGCCUGCAACGCUUAUAAUCGCUUAUUUGAUUGGCUGGCAGGCUCUUAUGGGAGAGAUAUUUCUCUGGCUUCUUUUACCGUAUUACGCCGAGAUGUCUUCUGUCAAUGCCGUACUGCGUCUGCGUUCAGCGGCGGAAUCUGAUCGGCGAAUUUCCUUGACGAACCAAGUGGUUUCUGGGAUACGUGCUAUCAAAGCGCAUGCGUGGGAGGAUGAAUUCAGAGAAAAAAUAAAACAUACACGAAAGUAAGAGAAAUUUAAAAGCCUACUUAAUUUUUCAGGUAACCGCAGAACAUCUUCGCACCCAUAUAUAUAAUUAGAGAAAACUCUAUGUUACAUUUGUGCUGUAUUCUGUCUUGCUCUAACAAAUAAUGAAAUGUCUUUGACUUACGAGUUCUUAAAUUUAAGUCUUUAGCUUGCAAUUCUUUAGGUAAAUUGUUCCGUUCUUUUCCAGCUGCAAAUUUGAAUGUAGACUGGCCCAUUGCAGAUUUUACUUUAGGCAAGUGAGUUUCUCGGGUAUCUCUUAAGGACCUGCCGCAAAGUUCUUAUCUGAAAUUCACAUAACUCUGAAGUUGCGUGGGACAACGGUAGUUAUUAACAAUUUUAAACACUAGCUGAAGACGCAUAUAUCGUCGCCUGCUGGAUAACGUAAGAAGUCCUAAUUUGUCUCUCAUCCUUUGAGUGCAAGUCAGAUGGUUUGUCUUAAGAUUAUUCUCAAAGCUUUAUUCUGUAGCCGUUCUAAAACAAAGGGAAAUCCUCCUAGUGCAGGAUCCCGUAUGUUAAAACCGCAAUCUAAAAAAGACGAAAAUCUGUUUAACAAUUUAAGUUUAGGGUAGACUCUGGACGCGACGUAAGACAUGUGACUGUUCCAAGAUAACGAUUCAUCUACUACCACGCCAAGGUACUUAAAAGAUCUCUCCUGGUUCAUAUGAUAAAUAAUAAGAAUAAUUGAUAAUCUUUUUGUUUCUUUCAGACGAGAAUUAAGCAUCAUCCGUACGAAAAGUGCCAUUCUUUCAAGUUUGGCUGCCUUGGAGUAUACUUCAAUACCAAUCCUGCUGUCUGUUAUUACUCUGCUGCUUACUGGUCAACCCCUAACACCAGUCAAUGUUUUUAUGCUCUUAAUGUUUAUUAACCUGCUAAAACUUACUAUUUGCCUUGACAUUGCGUAUGGUGUGGUGGAGACACGGGAAUCAUUUGCAUCACUCGUAAGAAUAGAAGAUUUUCUUAUUUCAGAGGAUUUGUUUUCCAUCUCUGAGGAUUAUUGUCUACAAGACAGAGGAACAGUUCUAGAGAGAAAGUGGGGCAAGUUACAAAACGAUUCUACAUCUAUAAGCCGGUCGUAUGUAUCAGAUGAAGAUCCCCUUACUGAUCAGUGGAUAAACCCUUCCAAGCCAGGAACUUUAUGUGUGUCGCAUUUAACAUAUAAAGAAAUAGCAAGGAAAGAUGAAUUUAUUCUUCAAGAUGUGGACUUCGUUGCUGCAUCAGGAAGCUUGACAGUCGUCACCGGACCAGUAGGCAGCGGUAAAUCCACUCUCCUCUCAGCGAUCGCUGGCGAGAUGCCAGAGGUAAGCGGAACAAUAGGCCGUAAAGGAACUUUUGUGUAUGUACCGCAAAUAGCCUGGGUGUUCUCUGGAACCUUAAGAGAAAAUAUUUUAUUUAGAGAGUCGUACGAGGAACCAAGAUACACUAGAAUAAUCGAGGCAUGCGCCCUCACGGAAGACUUUCAGCGGUUCCCGAACGGUGACCAAACCGUUGUUGGUGAGCGCGGUGCCGUUCUGAGUGGUGGUCAGCGUGCAAGAGUAAACUUAGCACGCGCAGUGUACAUGAAUGCAGACCUUUACUUGUUGGAUGACCCUCUCAGUGCGGUGGACUUUAAAGUUGGUCGGCAUAUCUUUGAAAAGUGUAUCAAGGGUUUGCUUGGUGAGAAGACCCGCCUGUUAACUUCUCAUCAAGAACAACAUAUGAAAGAUGCAGACCAAGUGAUUGUACUGCACAAAGGUCGCGUUCUGGGGAAGGGAACCUUCGCUAAGCUUCAGAGAAAAAGCAUCUUAAAUACGACCAUCGACCCACUUUACAAGAAUGCUUUGACAGUGAACAAGUCCAAUAACAUGGUCACCACAACGGAGAAUGAAGAGAGACGCGGAGAUUUGGAGCCACUUAGAAAUAAAGACAAUGAACUGGAAAUAUCUGUUGAAGAUCGGGCAAUCGGAACGGUGUCAAGUAAGCUGUAUUGGGACUACUUCAGAAGUGGUAUUCACUCCUUAUUCAUCAUUGGAAUGAUUUUCUUGUGUCUUAUUUCUCAAGGUGAGCACUAAAGAAUUAUAAAAGUGGCAAAAACUUAGCCAUUGUUUGGUGCUGUCGAGAAACAUUUUCUCUCGGGGCGAACCAGCAAGCAAGCAACCAAGUCAGAAACUCCAACCCAGUUUCUCUUUGUCUUGGAGGAGCAAGAGGAAACUGGGACUGACGGAAAAAGGCGUGCAAAGGGUGACAGGAAAUUCAUGUUAAGACUAACAACCAAUCCACCAUUUAUAAGAGAGGUUGACGCGUUUUAAUCCUGAGUUUAAAAUUGUUUAUUUCAUCUGAUUUAGACUGUUACGCAGAUUAUGAAGAAAAUUAUCUCACUUUCGCCUAUUUGUAUUAUUCACCAUUUUUUUCGCCCUUUUUCAGCAUCGAUAGUUGCCCCUGACGUGUGGCUGUCCUUUUUGACCGGAAAACUUCCAUCAGAACAGAAAGACACGACAAAUCUAACUAUCUACGGUGGUUUGGUCGCUGCUUCCUUCAUAUUAAGCAUCAUCAGGGCCUACAUUUUCUUUUUGGCAUGUCUAAGAAGCUCUGAGCGGCUUCAUGACAAAAUGGUUCUGGUUCUUUUAAAAGCACCGGUUCUUUUUUUCGAUUCAAAUCCCGUGGGUAGAAUUCUGAAUCGAUUCUCUAAAGACGUGGGUAGCAUGGAUGAGUUAUUACCAUUACAGUUUCUAUCUACAAUUCAACUGGUAUUGCUGUUGCUCUCAUCAGUGAUCGUUCCUUCUGCUACAAAUCCUUGGGUUUUGUUUGUCACUGUUCCAGUGACGGCCAUGAUUCUUUACUUCGCAAGAUUUUACUUGAAGAGUUCCAGAGAACUAAAAAGGUUGGAGUCAAUAUGUCGAAGCCCAAUCUUCUCUCACAUAUCAGAAACUCUCGAUGGACUGGACACAAUUCGAACAAGAGGUAGACAGAGAGAUUUUAUGCACAAGUUUUACAAGUAAGUUCGAGCAACUCUUCAAGUGAGCUUGAAAGGUAAAAUCUCAAACUCAAUUCAGGCUCGGUCCGCUAAACGCUCAUAGCGCAGGGUUUGUGUUUGGCAUCCUGGAUCAUCAUCUGUAAAAAGAAAUCUCUCCUGUUGCCCCUUCCCCAUCCUUCCACCUUCCACCAUACCCUUCCACCUCCCCGCCCGAACCUUCCCCUUCCAACGCUUUGAAAAUUGUAGAGAUUGGGGCAGUGGAUCUAAAAUUUGGUAUUCGGUCCCAGCUUCAAAUUAGCCCCUCUACCUGAUAACUUUUUUUCAUUGACGGUCCAAAUGUUUUUUCUUUUCUAAUUUACAUUUUGUAUACCAAAUCUAAAAAUUUGUUUCCUUCAUCAUGGUGAUGGCACCCUCUACGCAACGCCUUAGAAACUUGGUGCGCAGACUGACAUUUGAACCGGAGAUGAUUUACGUUGAUGUAUUUUCUUUCCCAUUGGACAGCUACAAAGACACUCAUACCCAGUCGUUCAUGAUAGUAAUGCGGCAAUCUCCUUACCCCCACCCCCAACGCUUAUAGAAUUUGAGUGAAAAAAUAUUUGGACUCGAGAUGGCUUACGCUGAUUUAUUCUCUUUCGCCAUGGACAGCUACCAAGACACUCAUACCCAGUCUUUUGUCAUGGUGACGGCGAGUGGCAGAUGGUUCGGUAUUCGUCUGGAUGCAAUCAUUUCUCUUUUAAUAGGCUUAGUCGUCUUAGUGGCAGUUUUAGUAUCUCAAGACGCCGGUAUGUAGAGUUUUAUCCAAAAUAAUUGCACCAUUUCGCGCUCACGUACACCCAAAAGUAUGAUAUUCCAUGUGAUAAAUGAGACUGUGGAAAGAAUCUUUCCGCGCGUAGCUGGGAGACAAAAACAAGUCGUUGUAGCCCAUUUCAUCACUAUCUUCAUGAGGACGAUUGAAACUAGUUUGAUUAUAAAAAAUGUUUUCCAAAGUAAUCCAGCAUGUUACACGAGUAGUGUCGUGGUAACAGGUACCCGCGGCGUGCUGUGUCGUAUCGAGUCGUGCAUCGUUUUGCUGUAAGAGUUUUGGUAAUUUUUUUUUGCGUGACUUGAAGGAAAUCAACAGUUAAUUUACGGAUUGUUUUUCUAAUUAGCUUCCGCUGGGCUUUCUCUCACUUACCUCAUUCAAACAGUGGAGCUGACGCAAUACACUGUCAGAAAAUCAUCAGAUGUCGAGAAUUUUAUGACGUCAGUUGAACGAGUUAUGACCUACACCAAGCUUGACUCUGAGCCUGGAUACAAAGUGGACACACUUCCCCCGGAACACUGGCCACGCGAAGGAAAUAUCACAUUCCGCGAUGUGUCGAUGACGUAUUACCCGGGGGGACCUAAAGCGCUGAGGAACAUAAAUCUUGACAUCAAAGGAGGCUCAAACAUAGGUGUUGCAGGCCGCACGGGCGCCGGCAAAUCAUCUUUUGCAGCAGCUCUUUUGCGCAUGCCCGACCCUGACGGAGAUAUUCUCAUGGAUGGGGUUCAGAUAAAGAAUAUUAAUCUCCGAGCAGCUCGAGGAUGCAUAUCCGCUCUUGGCCAAACCCCGGUGCUUUUCAGUGGAUCAUUGAGGACAAAUCUGGAUCUUGUCAACCGCUUCCAAGAUGCGGAUCUGUGGCGAGUCUUAGAGGAUGUGCAACUGAAAGAUUUCGUACAAAGUCUUGAGGGACAAUUGGAUUACGAAUUGUUGGAAAAUGGAGCAAAUGUCAGUGUAGGAGAGCGGCAGUUGAUUUGUUUGGCUCGUGUGCUGUUGCAGCAGAACAAGAUCGUCAUCUUGGAUGAACCCACUGCACACGUGGAUCCAGGCACUGAAGAAAUAAUCUGGAGAGUGGUGCGAGAGAAACUGAAAGACUCCACAGUAAUAAUUAUAGCUCACCGUCUGAACACCAUCCGACACUGUGACAAAGUUUUUGUUUUCAAGGAGGGAGGGGUGGUGGAGUGUGGAACAUGUGACACAUGA